CCCUUGAUUAUAUUGUAAGUUUGAUACAAAACACAUGCAUUUGUAUGUGCACUCUUGCUGCAUAUAAGCUGUUUUUAUGAAUCAUAAAAAUCCUGACAAGUUAGCUUAUGAUGGAUGCCUCUAUGGACAAUUGGCAGCAAUUCUACGAUGCAAUCAUUAAGAAGGAUGCCGCAAAAGUUCUGAAGCUACGAGAACCUUUGGUGGCUGAAGGUCCACUUCACGUAGUAACCAUACACGACGACACAAUUCUCCAUUUGGCCUUAUAUUCCAUGCAGCUGGAAUUAGUUCUGAGUUUGAUCGACACUCUGGCUCCCGAGCACAUUGCUUUAAUGGUCCGCCAGAAUUCAGGCGGAAACACCAUUCUCCAUGAGGCGGCCACAUAUGACAAGUUAUUUCCUGCUGCAGAAAUAAUGCUGCGAUUGCAACCAGAGUUGUUAACCAUAAGGAACAACAACAAGGAGAAUCCACUCUUUCGUGCAGCACGUUAUGGACAGAUGAAGAUGUUCAAAUUUCUCAAUGAAUGUUUGGUGCGGACCUUAGAUAACGUGGAACUAGAGAGGGCUCAUAGGAAGUUUGAUGGCAGUACUAUACUUCAUGCAGCCAUUGCUGCCGAGCAUUUUGAUUUGGCAAUUUGGAUUGCGGAAAAGUAUGAGUAUCUAUUUGACAAAAUAGACAGUGAUGGACUGACGGCUCUUCAACUUCUUGCCUGCAAUCCAGCUGCGUUCCAGUUCCGUGGUAGAGGAUGUCUGAUGAAAAUUAUUGACUCCAGAAUUAUAAACAGUGGUGCUGCUGAUGAUGAUCGCAGUUAUUUGCAUGAAGUUGCAUCACCUUUCAGUGUGCCCUGGUGGGACGAAAUGGUUAGGAAAAGAAAAACAUACCAUGCAGUUGUAGAGCUUGCGAAUAUCUUAAUACCAAAAGAUACUUCUUGGACAAUUACAAAAUCUGUAGUUGACCAAAGAGAAACCGAGAAUGCUGAUGAGAAUGAGACCAAGAGCAGAGAGAAAACAGAGAAGGAGAAGGCUCUUGAGAAGAAGAGAGCUGAGAAACAGCAAACUCCUUUGCUUUUGGCAACCCAAACAGGGUGCUUUGAAAUUGUUAAGAGAAUCCUGGAGGUUCAUCCUCAGGCAGUUGAGCAUAUUGAUGAAGAUGGGAGAUGUAUUUUGCACAUAGCCAUCAAGUAUAGACAAAUGGCGGUAUUUGAGAUGGUGCAUCAGAUGGAUGUUCCGAUGAGAAGGUUGAUCAGAAAAUGUGAUGUAAAAGGGAACUCUAUUCUGCAUAUGGUUGGGAAGAAGAUAGUUAAUGAAGAUGUGCAGCAAACUGAAAAGCGCAGCCCUUCUUUCCAAUUGCAAGACGACCUGUUAUUGUUUGAGACAAUAAGCAAAGUCAUCAGGCCGCACUUCCACAAGCACACGAAUAAAGAUGGAGAAACAGCAGAGGAGCUAUUUGCUCUGAACAAAGAACCAUUACGUGAAAAAUCCCAAGAAUGGCUAAAGAGAACAGCAGAAAACUGCUCCAUUGUCGCUGUACUCAUUGCCACCGUGGCCUUUGCAGCUGCUUACACCAUACCAGGAGGCUCAAAGGAAGAAGACGGAUCUCCAGUUCUUCUCAACCAACCAUUCUUCGUGUUAUUCACCAUCACCGACGUUCUGUCCCUCACAUUCUGCUUAACAUCUGUUGUCAUAUUCCUGUCAAUCCUAACUUCAUCCUUCCGACUAAACGACUUCAAACGGUCUCUUCCUCAACAGCUAAUGCUCGGAAUAACAUGCCUAAUCCUAUCCGUGUCAAUGAUGAUGCUAGCAUUUGCAGCUACGGUCAUUCUUAUGAUACGAAACAACCAACAAUGGACCAGAAUUGCGUUAUACUUGGUUGCAUUUCUCCCAGUCACUGUCUUUGCAGUCAUAUACUUGCCUCUCUACUUAUCUUUGAUGGGAACAUGUACGUACACUAUCAAGAAAUGGUGGUCCUAUGUUCCGCGGAUCAAAUGUAAAAAUUGUGGCAAGUCUUUAGAUGGCACUAAUGAACACCCCUCUGCAGCAGAAACUUCAGCUUCUCGGGCUCUAGCUCCUGAGUUUUUGCAGGUGAUGUCAGUUCAGCAAUAAGUUUCAAGAAUCUAGUGUCUACUUAAAUCUUUCUCUGUAUAUCUGAGUGCCCGUUAACGUUACUUAAGUGCCUUAAAUUUGUAUUUCGCAAUUGUGUUGUAAUAAAACCACUUCCACUGCUGAGUUAGAGGUGUUUUCGAGUCUGGAAUA